AUGAGAUGUGGUGCUCCACUCCCAACAGCUUGUUGCUCCUAUCAAGCUCACCUGCCACCUCACCCACCAGGCACCUCGCUGCUCCCAUCUGGCCUACCUGCCACCUUUAACCACCAGGUGCGCACGCCCAUCCUGCUGUCACUGCUGCUGCCCCACCGCUGCCUCUCCUCCCCUCCGGUCGCUGUUGCUACGAAACGUGUCUUUGUUCCAUUUCCUGCUGCUACUGCCCUCGCCGCACUGGCCAUUCGUUUGUCCUGUCCGAAGCCGCGCACCUUGAACCGAUUUUUCUUUGGCUGCCGCUGCCCCCCUCCCGCUGCUGUGCUCUUGCCACCUCCCUGCAUCCGCACCUCUCUGCACAGGCGCACGCCUUGCAUUGGGCUCGCCCCAUCAGCCAUGGUCCGGAUGACUGCAGUGGCCAUGGGGCUGCCAGGGCUGCUGGUUGGCCUUGCUCUUGGCGCUGCCAUCGCCGCUAUCAGCAUGAUGCCAUUGGGCAGGGUUGACACCAACAGCCAGCAAUUCAAGCACCCUCCCAUGCUCCUCUCUGCUUCCCCACCUCAUGCCAAUGCCACUGCCACAGGCGGACACCUCUCUCUUCAGCAUGACCAUGCUCCCAACCCCCCUCUUCAAACCAGCAAGACCCUGGUCCCUCUUCUGAUGAUGUUAUACGUUGCCACUGCAACGCUCAUGGCACUGAUGUGGGGGAUGGGCGUGACCCACACGCAAGUCAGAGCAUGGGUGCAUCAGCAGGGCUUGGCUGUGACGGCUGGGCUGAUGUUUCCCCCAGUCUCCCUCCCUCGUUUUCCCCGUGCUGUGAACAAACAUCUUGCUUGUCUUGUCUCAUUCGCCUCACUUGUCUCAUUCGCCUCACUUGUCUCAUUCGCCUCACUUGUCUCAUUCGCCUCACUUGUCUCAUUCGCCUCACUUGUCUCAUUCGCCUCACUUGUCUCAUUCGCCUCACUUGUCUCAUUCGCCUCACUUGUCUCAUUCGCCUCACUUGUCUCAUUCGCCUCACUUGUCUCAUUCGCCUCACUUGUCUCAUUCGCCUCACUUGUCUCAUUCGCCUCACUUGUCUCAUUCGCCUCACUUGUCUCAUUCGCCUCACUUGUCUCAUUCGCCUCACUUGUCUCAUUCGCCUCACUUCGCCUCGCUUGUCUCAUUCGCCUCACUUGUCUCAUUCGCCUCACUUGUCUCAUUCGCCUCACUUGUCUCAUUCGCCUCACUUGUCUCAUUCGCCUCACUUGUCUCAUUCGCCUCACUUGUCUCAUUCGCCUCACUUGUCUCAUUCGCCUCACUUGUCUCAUUCGCCUCACUUGUCUCAUUCGCCUCACUUGUCUCAUUCGCCUCACUUGUCUCAUUCGCCUCACUUGUCUCAUUCGCCUCACUUGUCUCAUUCGCCUCACUUGUCUCAUUCGCCUCACUUGUCUCAUUCGCCUCGCUUGUCUCAUUCGCCUCACUUGUCUCAUUCGCCUCACUUGUCUCAUUCGCCUCACUUGUCUCAUUCGCCUCACUUGUCUCAUUCGUCUCACUUGUCUCAUUCGCCUCACUUGUCUCAUUCGCCUCACUUGUCUCAUGCGCCUCACUUCUCUCCACUCCUUUCAACCUCAUCCCACUGGCCCUUCCUCGCCCUCACCAUCCUACAGCAUCGUGGAAUCUUCUCUCUACUGCAGCAGAGCCUCGUGGCAGGUGGAGGAGAGGGGGGGAGAGAUGGCAGCAGAAUUGGCAGCAGUGAGGAAAGAGCUGGCUGAGCAGCGCGAUAGGGCUGAGAGAAGGAGAGAAGCCGAUUUGAGAGAGCUGAGGGAGGAGAUGAGGGUGAGAGAGGAUGAGAUGAGGGCGGAGUUGGCAAGGGAGAGUGAGGAGAUGAGGAGGGAGGUGCAGGAGGUGAUUUGGCCACGUGUCUUGGAGGGAUUGGCAGAGUGUGGAAAAGGAGUGACUGUUGACCUGGGAAUCAUCCAGAGUGAAGGCCAUGAGAGGACUGCUUGGGAGGUGAGUGCUGGUUUGAGUGAUUUCUUUGACAGGGCAUGCAUUUGCCUGGUACGCCAUGCAUGUGACAGGGCAUGCAUAUGA